AUGACCGACUUUAAGGAUGCCCCCUUGAUCUCCACCAAGGACGACACCAACUCCAACAUGUCGUUGGAGCCCGAGAUGCAAGACUACCUUGCCAAGUUCUUGGACAUCUCCAACAACGCUAAGGACUCCGACAAGAAGGACAAGCACAUGUCUUUAAGCGAGGGUUUGAAGACCUUCCCCAAGGCUGCCAUGUGGUCCAUCAUCUUGUCGUCCGCCAUUAUUAUGGAGGGUUACGACACUGCGCUUUUGAAUGCCUUCUACGCGUUCCCCGACUUCGUCAAGAAGUUCGGUACCUACUACCCGGAAAAGGACAAGUACGAGAUCCCCGCCAAGUGGCAGACGGCCUUGUCCAUGGCCGUGAACAUCGGUGAGAUCAUCGGUUUGUUCUUGGCCGGUAUCAUUUCCGACAGAAUCGGUUACAGAAAGACCUUGAUCGGCUCGUUGGUCAUGGUUGUGGGUCUCAUUUUCGUUGUCUUCUUUGCUCCUAACAUCGCCACCUUGCUUGUCGGAGAGCUCUUGUUGGGUUUGCCAUGGGGUGCGUUCCAGACCUUGACCGUUUCCUACGCCUCCGAGGUCUGUCCUACUGUUUUGAGAUUGUACUUGACCACCUACGUCAACGCCUGUUGGGUCAUUGGUCAGUUGAUUGCCUCGUCCAUCUUGAAGGGUUUCGUCAAUUCCGACAUGGAGCACGCCUACAGAAUUCCAUUCGCUUUGCAAUGGGUGUGGCCUGUUCCUAUCGCCAUCGGUAUCUACCUUGCUCCAGAGUCGCCAUGGUGGUUGGUCAAGGUCGGUAAGUUGAAGGAGGCCAAGCACUCCAUCAUGAGAUUGUUGUCCGAAAACGAGCACUUGCCAAACAAGGAGUUGAUGGCCAACGCCAUGGUCGACAAGAUCCACAUGACCAUCCGUGAGGAAGAGGCUGAACAGGCCGGUAUCUCUUACUUCGACGCCUUCAAGAAGACCAACUGGAGAAGAACCAGAGUCACCUGUGUCACCUGGUUGGUCCAAAACGUCACUGGUUCCGCUUUCAUGGGUUACUCCACCUACUUCUACAAGCAGGCCGGUUUGUCCACCUCCAUGUCCUUCACCUUCUCUGUCAUCCAGUACGCCUUGGGUUUGAUCGGUACUGUUAUGUCCUGGUUCUUGUCCCAAAAGCUCGGAAGAUUCGACAUUUUCUUCGGCGGUCUCUGCAUCCAAACCGUCAUCUUGCUUGUUGUCGGUGGUCUUGGUUUCGCCAACUCCACCGGUGUCUCCUGGGCCAUCGGUACCUUGCUUUUGGUCUUCACCUUCAUCUACGACUUGUCCAUUGGUCCUAUCACCUACUGUUUGGUCACCGAGAUUCCUUCGGCCAAGAUGAGAACCAAGACCAUUGUCUUGUCCAGAAACCUCUACAACAUCUCCGGUAUCUGUAUUGCCAUCGUCAUGCCAUACAUGUUGAACCCUACCGCCUGGAACUGGAAGGCCAAGACCGGUCUCUUCUGGGCCGGUAUCUCGCUCGUCUGUAUUGUCUGGUGUUGGUUCGAGUUGCCCGAGACCAAGGGCAGAACCUUCGCCGAGUUGGACGUUUUGUUCGAGCAAGGUGUCAAGGCCAGAAAGUUCAAGACCACCGAGGCCGAGGUCUUCGAUGUUGGCCACAUGAUGGAGAAGCUUGGUGAGAAUGGUAUCAGACAAGUUGUCGAGGACCAGAAGGCCGAGGGCCACCACAUUGAGUCUGCUUAA